GAGGGAUCAAAACCAAGGCUGAAAAAGUUGGCUCUCUCUCUCUCUCUCUGUUUUUCGGUUCUUUUCAACCCAAAGAAGCACCUGAAGAAAGAACAAAAAGAGAGAAAUCAGUCCUCUCCCUCGCGCGCAAAGCCAUGAGUCUCUUCGGUUUGGGCAGAAACCAACGGACAUUUCGCCCAAAAAAAAGUGCACCAUCAGGGAGUAAGGGGGCUCAGCUUAGAAAGCACAUUGAUGCCACCCUAGGCAGUGGAAACCUGAGGGAAGCAGUUAAACUUCCUACAGGGGAGGAUUUAAAUGAGUGGCUUGCUGUCAACACCGUGGAUUUCUUCAACCAGGUGAAUUUGCUCUAUGGUACCCUCACAGAAUUCUGUACUGCUGAGAAUUGUCCUACUAUGACUGCUGGCCCCAAGUACGAGUACAGAUGGGCAGAUGGUGUACAGAUUAAGAAGCCCAUUGAGGUUUCUGCUCCUAAGUAUGUUGAAUAUUUGAUGGACUGGAUUGAAGCUCAACUUGAUGAUGAAUCAAUAUUUCCCCAGAAGCUUGGUACCCCAUUUCCCUCCAACUUUAGGGAAGUUGUGAAGACAAUAUUCAAAAGACUGUUUCGUGUAUAUGCCCACAUAUAUCACUCUCACUUUCAGAAAAUCGUGAGCCUCAAGGAGGAGGCCCAUUUGAACACUUGCUUCAAGCAUUUCAUACUCUUUACCAUUGAAUUUGGGCUAAUAGACAAGAAGGAGCUGGCGCCUCUUCAAGAGCUUAUAGAAUCCAUAAUUGUUCCUUACUAAACAGCGUAUUUGCAUAUUCCAAGGGGUAUUUAUCUUAGGGAUACAUAAUUAUUGUCAAAAUAAAUGCUGAUAAUCAGUAUUUGACUUUACAGUCUCUCCUAUGUAGCUUGAAAUUAUUAUAAAUUGUUCAUAUUCUGUGUGGCUUUUAUCUUA